CCUUAAUUAGUACUAAAAUAUAAACUAUUUUACAGUUAUGGUGCGGUUGACAUAAUUGCCCAAGGAAUUUUAACCUGUUAAAAAUCUCUCUAAGGAUCCCUAUACUGAUUAUUGACGGGAUGAGAAUGGGGAGGGAUCCUACCCCAUGGGGACGCGUUGCCGUCCCUAGCUUAGAAUUUUACUAAUAAUUGUUCCCCAAGACUUCAGUUGUUUUUGUUGGAGUUUUUGUUUUACGAAGAAAAGCGUAGAGAAGAGACUUGCAGGACAAGAAGAGACACCCAGGGUUCCGUCUUUUGCCUAAGGUGGAAAUGGCUUCUCCCAGCACAAUUAUGGAACAGCCUAACAUGGAAAAUGAUUCAAGGGAUGCUUCGAUCGUCGAGCUUCAAGAAAUUGUCGUCCCUCCUUCGGAAGAUCUGCAAACAGGGAAUGCUUCGGUUGCCAAGCUUCAAGAAGAUGCCGUCCAUCCUCCGGAAAAUCCGCAAAUAGAAGAACCCUUGUUUAUAUCGGAGUUCUUCAACAAAAGGAUCCGAGAUUAUUUACGUGAAUUGCGGAAUUCAUCAAAUCAAAUUCCUAAAGAGCUGACUACCUUGGCCAGUCUGCAGAUUCCUAAAGAGCUGACUGACAACAUAUUUAGAGCUAAAUAUGGUAAGCAUCGUCGCCACAAAAUCAUGGUGAAGGUAUUGCUUGCCGAAGUGGAGGAAGUGCUUUAUGAUACUUAUCGUAUAAUUGAUGAGAUGAUGGAUGCCAAUAUAUUCAGGCUAACUGCAGAAGUCCAAUCCAGUGCCAACGGCCCAUGGAAACUCAUCCUUAAUUUGUUUAACAAGAUUUCAAGGUUUAUGCAUUAUUAUCAAGAAAAAAGGAUGGUUUCCAAGGUGAAGUAUAUAACUGUUAGAUUCGAAGAAAUUCUUGAUGAAGGAAAGCAGUUAUUAAAAGAAAUUAUUGGUGAAAGAUCGAGGAACAGAUUGAGGGACAGAUUGAGGGACAGAUUGAGGGACAGAUUGAUGGACAGAUUAAGAAUGCCUUUCGCCCGCAGACCAAAUACGCCUGGUAACACCGUCCGCAGACCACCUACGCCUGGUAACAUCGUCCGCAGACCAACUACGCCUGAUCCAAAUAAUCUUGAAAGGAAGCAAUUUGCAAAUGCCAUGCUUAAUGCUAUUUACAAAGGGAAGUGUUGGAAAGUAAGAGACUUAUUUGAAAGCAAUCGAGCUGAUGCAAUAUCUACAACAUUUGAAAAGGGGCAAACUGCUCUUCAGGUUGCAAUUACUGCUGGUCAGCUAACGGUUGCUAAGGAAUUGAUUACUAUUACUAGUGAAGCAAACAUAGACCACUUGAGGACAGCAGAUAAGAAUGGCAACACAGCUCUUUCCUUUGCUGCUCGUAGUGGAAUGAUGGAAAUUGCAAAACGCUUGAUUAAAAAGAACAAGGUCUUGCUUACUAUCGCAAAUCGCGACGGAAUGCUCCCGGUUCAAUUGGCGUGCAGGGCAGGCCAUGAGGACAUGACUCGCUGCCUCUACCGCAAGACCCUGAAACUGAAAGAACGUCCAAAGAAAGACUAUUUCUUCUACCUCCUCGAAGAGUGUAUAACUAAGAAAAUGUUUGCUAUAAGAGUGAAGGUAGAUAAAGGAAGUGUUCUAUCUGAUGGUGUUGGCAGUGUUGCAGCUCAACGAAGAGAUCCAAAUAAUCUUGAAAGGAAGCAAUUUGCAAAUGCCAUGCUUAAUGCUAUUUACAAAGGGAAGUGUUGGAAAGUAAGAGACUUAUUUGAAAGCAAUCGAGCUGAUGCAAUAUCUACAACAUUUGAAAAGGGGCAAACUGCUCUUCAGGUUGCAAUUACUGCUGGUCAGCUAACGGUUGCUAAGGAAUUGAUUACUAUUACUAGUGAAGCAAACAUAGACCACUUGAGGACAGCAGAUAAGAAUGGCAACACAGCUCUUUCCUUUGCUGCUCGUAGUGGAAUGAUGGAAAUUGCAAAACGCUUGAUUAAAAAGAACAAGGUCUUGCUUACUAUCGCAAAUCGCGACGGAAUGCUCCCGGUUCAAUUGGCGUGCAGGGCAGGCCAUGAGGACAUGACUCGCUGCCUCUACCGCAAGACCCUGAAACUGAAAGAACGUCCAAAGAAAGACUAUUUCUUCUACCUCCUCGAAGAGUGUAUAACUAAGAAAAUGUUUGCUAUAAGAGUGAAGGUAGAUAAAGGAAGUGUUCUAUCUGAUGGUGUUGGCAGUGUUGCAGCUCAACGAAGAGCUUUGGAUGAGGAUGAAUUUGUGCAAAGUGGAGCAGUGGAAGCAACCUUUCAAGCUAUCAAGAAUGGCAUCCCUGAGAUUGCAAUUGAAAUUGCAAAAGUUAAUACUAAUAAAUUAUGGAGCCGUAUUGAUCCUGAAGAUAAAUCAAUGAACAUGUUUGCAUCAAAGUUAGCUCCUCGUUCUGACCUUGAUCACAUCUCAGAUGCAGCUCGGUUGCAAAGUGAGCUACGCUGGUUCAAUGCGGUGAAAGGCAUUGUUCCACAGUUCUACAACUAUCAUAAAAAUAAGGAUCGCGAUACUCCUUUCGAAGUGUUUGUUAAGGAACACAAGGAGUUGCUAAAAGAAGCGGAACAAUGGGUGAAGAAAACAGCAGAAUCUUCUACAGUCGUAGGUACUCUAAUCAUUACAAUUAUGUUUGCUGUGGCUUUCACUGUUCCUGGUGGGAAUGAUCAAAAUACAGGCUUCCCUAUAUUUUUGAACAAAACAACAGACUCUUCUACAGUACCUUCUCCAACCGUGCCAUUCAUGAUAUUUGUAGCAUCAGAUGCAAUUUCUCUUUUUGCUGCAUCUAGUUCGGUGCUAAUGUUUUUGGGGAUUCUUGCUUCACGUUAUGCUUAUGAAGAUUUCUUUAAAUCCUUACCCGUGAAGUUAAUUAUUGGGAUCUCUUCACUCUUCAUCUCUAUUGCAGCAAUGAUGGUAGCAUUUUGUGUUGCUCUUUUCAUUAUGCUACAAGAUCACUUGUGGAUAGUCAUACCAGUAACUUUGCUUGCUGGUAUUCCGAUCGUUAUCUUUGUACUGUUACUGUCUCCUUUUCUUGUUGAGCUUUAUGCUAUGACUUUUGGACCAGGCAUCUUUGAUAGGAAAAAGAACAGUUCGGAAAGGAAGAGAUGGAGUCACUACAACAAUAGGUGCUGGCUCUCUAAACUAGAUUCCAAUCGAAAAAAGGCCUUAGCUCCAACAACUCAAAGAUAGAUGUUCUGUCAUAUUAAGUCUAGUAAUUAUACGAGUGUGCUCUAUGUGUAUUGUAACUGCAAGAAACAUUUGGUGGAUGUGUAUUCUUUGAAGAUUUAAUAUACUUUUGUAAGUGCCAAACUCCUUAGGCAAUCAAAGAUUUAUGUGAAU